ACCUGGCUGCGGAGGGAAGUAAAAGGAGGGAGGAGGGAGGGAGGGUCGGACGGACGGGGAGCUGUGCCCGACUGACAGCGCGCAACGGAGAGUCGGUGCAAAGUUUCCUCGAUGGCGCUGGUGAUGGAGCCGGUGAGCAAAUGGAGCACGAACCAGGUGGUGGACUGGAUGAAAGGUCUGGAUGACUGCUUGCAGCAAUAUGUGUGUGUCUUUGAGCGAGGAGGUGUGUGCGGGGAGAGGCUGCUGAGGAUUAGCCACGCUGAACUGGAGGAGCUGGGAGUCUCUCGCAUAGGACACCAGGAGCUGAUUCUGGAGGCUGUAGACCUGCUCUGUGCUCUGAACUCGGGUCUCGAGACCGAGAGCGUCAGGACUCUGGCCCACAAACUCGGCGCCUCAGCCAAAAACCUGCAGAACUUCAUUUCCGGGCGCCGUCGCAGCAGCCAAUCGGAGAGCAGGACCUCACGACGGCUUCCCAAUGACCUGCUGACCUCUGUGGUCGACCUCAUCACUGCAGCGAAGAGCCUGCUGGCCUGGCUGGACAGGUCUCCCUUUGCUGCAGUGGCAGACUACUCAGUAACCCGAAAUAAUGUCAUUCAGCUCUGCCUGGAGCUCACCACCAUUGUACAGCAGGACUGUACGGUGUUUGAGACGGAGAACAAAAUCCUUCAUGUGUGUAAGACUCUGUCGGAGGUGUGUGAGCACAUCGUGUGUGUGUCAUCAGACCCGCUGGUUUCUCAGUCAGCCCACCUGGAGCUGGUUCACCUCACCAACAUCAAACCCUCUGAGGGCUUGGGAAUGUACAUCAAGUCAACGUACGACGGCCUCCAUGUGAUCACCGGAACCACUGAAGGGUCUCCAGCUGACCGCUGUAAGAAGAUCCACGCAGGAGAUGAAGUCAUUCAAGUCAAUCACCAGACUGUGGUGGGCUGGCAGUUACGUAACCUGGUCGGCUCGCUGCGGGCCGAUAAAGGCGUCGUGUCCCUGACCCUGAAGAAGCGUCCACAGAGCACGCUCAGCUCCGCCCCUGCGCUGCUGAAGAACAUGCGCUGGAAACCCCUCGCACUGCAGCCAACCAGAAGCCCUGGCAGCAGCUCGGCCACACCCUCAGGCACACCCACCAAGAACUCCGCCCUGCAGGACCUCCACAUCCCCCCUCCCCCUGCUGAGCCGUACACACCCAGAGAUGAGACAGGACCAAUGUCCGCAGACGACGCCUCGCGUAACCACGGUGGCAUCAGCAUCGCCAAGCGCUCUGAGUCACCAAACUCCUUCCUGGAUCAAGAGUCUCGGCGACGAGAAGACGAGGAGCCCGUGUACUGCACCACGCCAACUUAUGGCAGGCUGAGGCCCAUCUCCAUGCCAGUAGAGUGUAGCUGGGUGGGCGACUACGAAGAUCCAGCCAAGCUUAACAGAGAAAGCCGCAGAGAAUCGACGCUGAUGCGAUACGUGGGACUGUCCAGCAUGGACGAGAGGCCGGGCUCUGACGACUACUCCUCCCACACAGCUCGUCCCGGCAAACGGUCCAAUGACACGGCCAAACGAGCCAAGAGGCGGAGCCACCACAGCCAAAGCCCCUCCCACUACAUGCUUCAGGCCAAUCAGAGAGACUCUCCUCCAAGAGAACCCGCCUCCAUUUAUCAUACAUACCAGCAGUCCUCCUCCUCCCUGCAGUCAAAGACCAGGAAGAAAAAUAAAGGACGGAGUUUGGCCUCCCUAAGUCGUAGGCGUGUUUCCUGCAAAGCUCUGGGCCGUGGAGACUGUGAGGGCUGGCUGUGGAGAAAGAGAGACGCAAAGGGUUACUUCUCACACAAAUGGAAGAAGUACUGGUUUGUUCUGAAGGACAACUGCCUGUACUGGUACAUCAAUGAGGAGGACGAGAAGGCCGAGGGUUUUGUCAGUCUUCCAGAGUUUAAGAUCGACCGGGCUAGUGAAUGUCGCAAGAAGUAUGCUUUCAAAGCGUGUCACCCCAAGGUCAAGAGUUUCUACUUUGCAGCAGAUGGAGUGGAUGACAUGAACAGAUGGCUGAGUCGUCUCAACAUGGCCGCUGUGGGCUACGCCGAGCGAGAGAGGAUACGCCAAGAGCAGGAUUACUGGAGCGAGAGUGAUCAUGAGGAUGACACCACCUCCAGCCCUAAACAGGACAGUCCCCCACCUCCGUACGAUACCUACCCACGGCCUCCAUCAAUGAGUGCCUACUUGGAGGGCCGCACCACUCGACUGUCCUCCACGGAGACGUCUCGUUCUCGCUCCUCCCAGGAGGACUUCCUCUGCGGCGAGCCCUCCGUGGUGGCCGCAGAGCCGCAGUACCACCCUGGUCCUCUAGGGGGAGGCACCACGCACAGUGGGAGGAAACCAGGGGGGAGCAGCAGCAGCGAUGUGCAGUACAGAUGUGAUCCUGUUGAGUACCGUUCCAGUCCCGCGGGGGGCAGCAGUGAGACGGGGUCUCCGGGCCGCUCUUCAUCAUCUCAGAGACGCUCCUGGCAGGACUUGAUUGAGACACCGCUGACUGAAGCUGGACUGCACUACUUACAAACUGGACCUCUGGAGGACGCUGUCUUUGCCGAGCCCGGUCCAGGUGGAGGUACUAUGAUGGCUGGCGCUGUUUACACUCUCCCAGCUCAGAGGAAUGUCCCGUUGCCCAUGGCGAUGCAGAGACUGAUCCCUAUGGCAACCCAGGGAGGAAAACCCCGCAGCUUCACGCUACCACGAGACAGCAACCUACACACCCUCCUCGCAGCCCCCGCCAAAGAAGAACAGCAAACAUACAACGGUGGCAGUGAGGGUGCAUCCUUAGGCGACCUGUUUCGUGCCUGCGAGGAGGGCGGAGUGUGUCCCCUCGGUCGGGAGUCGGAGAUUAAAGGUCAGUCGGAGUUCAGGCAGUCAUUCCUCAGACGGGCCGCCGACCCUCAGCUCAACGAGCGUCUGCACCGCCUCCGCAUACUGACAUCCACAUUAAAGGACAGGGAGGGGGAGCUAGCGCUGAUUGACAGGCUGUUGGCCAAUCCCCAGCUGUCGUCGGCAGAAUUCCAGGAGUGGAAAAGAGCCUAUCAGGAGCUGUUCUCUCAGGAGCCAGACUCGACCGCUGAAUCAGACCCCGGCCCACCCCUCACCCCCUCGCUCUCCCACACACACUCCUACAUCGAGACCCAUGUCUGACGAAUGUAACACGCACAAACACACGCACAAACACACACACACUCACACACGCUUCAGUUACUCUCCUUGAAGGAGUUGAAGGAGUUGUCAGCAGAGAGAGAGAGAGAGAGAGAGAGAGAGAGAGCAGGGAAAACUCCUCAUCCCCGAUACGCUUUCUGCAGCUGAAGUGCAACAUGACAGCUUUGUGAGGAGACGUCCGCGUGCCCUCAUGUCACAUCGAUUCUACGAGCUGAUUGGUUAUGCCACACCAGCUGGCUCGGUGGCGGACGAUAAACUGAUUCUUAUGUUUUCACACGUUAGCUUUACUGCUCUUCAAAUCCUCUACAUGGAAGGCAAAAAGACUUUUCACUUUGCUCCACCUGAAACGGACACGGAGCUCAGAAUAAUAUCUUCACAAGCCGCCAUUAAAAAGUAUUCCAUCCUGCUUGUUGUGCCAUAUUUAUACCGACUGCACAGUGUGUCAUAGACAUACAUUGUAUUAUAUUAAGCCUUAUACUUAAAGUCUAUGAUGAUUUUUUUUUUCUGUACAGUGAAAUGUGACAUAGUUAUGAGCACACGUCUUUUGGUUUUAGAGACUCUGGUUGUGCUGGUUGAGGAGAAAUGCUCUUUGUGCUGGGCUGGACCUGAAGCAUGCACUCUGCUGGAAAAGGAAGAAUCCACCCUGAAACACCUCAACACUGUUGGGAAUAUCUACCGAGCACACAUCCUGGUCUUCUCUGUGCCUGAUAAAUGCCUGUUCAAAAAGGAAUCGGUUCUGAAAAUUGAUUCUGUCAAUCAUGGUCGUAGGAGAUAAAUAUGUAAAGUGUGAUCAGAUAAAGAUAUGGACAAAAUUCACAAGGAAACGACAGAGGCCAUGAAGUCCUGUGUGAUUAACCAACACAAUCUUUUUAGUUCCAGAAGCAGAGAGAUUAGCAGAUGAGUUUAUAAAGUGUUCUUAUUAGAGAGCGCCCUCGGAAAACAAAUGCAAAAGUUCUCCAACUGAACUCGUAAUCUGUGAAGGAAGACAUUCAAAUCCUUCUCACAAAAUGACUUCUAAAACUCUGUGAAUAUCACACACUGAAUCUAAAACAGUGUUACAGUUUGUGAGUGUGGAUUUCUCCUCGGAGACCUCGUGGCUCUCCGCUUUCCUGCAUGUCGUGUAAAGAUUAUGAGGAACUAUUUGCAUAAGAUUUGAAAAAUGGAUUUGAUUAAAAUAUAUUAGUUUAUUUGUAUGCUGCUGGCAAAUUACUUAAUACUCAGCACCACUGCACAGAACUAUGAAAGCAAUUAUACACACAAAUACACACACACACACACACGCACACACCAAUAAGCACAGUCACAGUUUGAAUGCUCUUUCUAUGCUGCUGCCCGUGGUUGGUCGUAGUAGCAUGUCUUUGUUGUAGAUAAACGCUCUAUUCUUUUUUCUGUUGUUGUGUUUGAAAUCUCUAGAUACAGUAGAUCUCUCUUUAUAGAGUGCAAACUAAGUGUCUUGAAAAAAUGUUCUGAAUUUCUUAUCAGGUAUUUUUGGACAGUCGAGUAAAAGAUUGUUUAUUGUUCUAUCUAUAAAUCAAAAUGAAAGUAUUUAUUUAAUGUCAGAUUUAAGAGGAUGGCUCAAUAAAGUGUGGUCAUUUGGAUGAAGGUU